CACACACGAUACUGACACUGAACAAGUAACCCUUUGCCAAAGACUUUGGUAGUGAUCAGAAAUCCCCAACUUCAACGCGACCCACAGCUAAUCUCACCUAAAUGCUAAAGAAAAGUAAACCAAAAGACAAACGCUCCACCGGCCUCGCUAACCGAAAUGUCAGGGACUCCGUCCCGGGCAGAAAGGCGCACAAGCCGUAAACCAAAGAAAACCGAGAACAAAAUAGCAAAUGAAACACAGCAAAGGUAUAAAAAAAAGAGCGAGGCGAGAAUCAAAAAUCGGAAAACAAUCCAACGUCAUAUACAAGCAAUACACAGGUUAGAAAAGCACGCAAUCAGGGAAUCGGUGACAGAGCUGUCGGGAUGCCGGACGGCGUCCGUUCCGAGUCUGGGGCCGGGAAGUGAGGAGCGGCGUGGACGGGAUCCUGGAGUCGGGGCGGGGGCGAAACCCGAGCCCUGCCCUGGGAAACCUACGGCACAUAGCUAAUGGGAGAAAUGUGUAAAUCAUGUUUGAAAUGCGCUGAACAAUCUGGAAAUUAGCACAGCAAGGCAGUCUCCAGGUUACGGACCAGAUCUGAUGUCUUAGUCUGUCUUUUAGUGUGCUUUGUAGUCUCUCCUGCCGGCUGUUACGGUUCCCACACCCGUCAGAAGUCACCGACAUCCAGCAUGGCCAACAAAUGGUUCCUGCUGUUCUUCUUUGCCAUCUGCACUGCAGAGUCAAUUGGGAAAACCAGCAGACCCAGGGAGCCUGCUUGUGGGAAAAUGGACCCAAUCGGCGCUUGUCCCAUGAACUUUCUCCCUGUGUGUGGCACUGAUGGGAACACCUACCCCAACGAGUGUGCCCUCUGUGUCCAGAGGCUGAUAACCAAAGAAAACAUCUUGAUUGUGAAAGACAACAGCUGUUGAAGGACGACACUGACUCACAUGAUCAGACUCUUGACAUUUGAUUGACAUGAUCCUCUAUCCCUCCUCAUUCUUUCUGCUAAUUACUUUUUUCUUUGGCAUAUUAUAACUGGGAUUACUAGUAGAAAAUCUGUGUAUCUUAGUUUUAUUAACCAGUGGUAAAGUUGAUCUUUUAUACAUCAUUCUUUUCAUUCUUGCUCACCAUUAACUUGAAUCAUUUACCUCAUAUUAAACACUGUGCUGUCAUAAUUAAUAAAUGCAUUCAAUAAAAA